AUGCAGCGUUUCCUCGACCAAGACUCCCAGAGCACUGUUCUAGCUACUUGCUACAGUGUUGAGCCGUCGACCUCCAAGGUCCACGGCUUCCACUACUGCACUACCCUGGGCGCCGGUAAGUAUCUCGGGUACAGUGGUAUCCCUGAGGUCCCUUCGGGGACUAAAUCGUCUCUUUUAAGUCCUCCCCACGACAUCCUCGAUUCCCGCGCGGAACGAACCUGGCCUGGAAAUAGGCCAGAGUACAAGGGGGAGGCAACGCAUAACAUCCCGGAAGAGUGUGAGAGACUCUUCUGUGACAAACUGUCUGCGACAUUCCUGGGUGAGAGGAAUUCCGUGCGACAGGAGUCACUGGGGAUGGAUGUGUACCAAAACAUCCAGUCAAACCAAAUCAGGCACCAGCAUGAUCGAAUCCAGCGAUGGAUAGAAGUGUGGGAUUACUCUAGUGAUGCUAUCUACCGCGGAUUUGUGGCUGAACACAAUAAGGAGCGGACAUUGUUUGUCUUCUUCGAGGACCGUGCACUUGAACACGGCCUCAAGUCAGGGGCUACAAUCACCUUCACCUUCAUUCACUUGGACAUCCCUUCCAACCUUGAGAAGCCUUUAAGAAUGUCUAAGGAUCGCGUCAAAACUCUCCAGUUCCCCAAAUUCCUCCUUCCCUCUGUGUUUUCCACCAAACCCAGUGCGGGGCUUUCUCCAACAGACCAUAGACCGCAAAACACGAAGACCGAGAAGUAUCUCGACGGCCAUGUUUCCUAUCUACGCUGUGCAGGCUGUGCCUCACAUCUUUGCUGGACUUCCCAAAUUAUUAGCAAAGGGUUUACAGGUCGCCAUGGCCGUGCCUAUCUUGUGUCGGCGGAGCCAGUAGCCACUGCUGUGUCGGUCAGCGCGUCGUCUUCGCCUACAGCCUCACUUCCCAAUACGAUACUGCAGCGUCCAGUUCCUCGCCAGCUUGUUACAGGGGCACAUACAGUCAGUGAUGUUAGCUGCACGUUCUGUGACAGUGUCCUGGGCUGGAAGUAUGUUGCAGCCGAAGAAGAAUCACAGCGGUACAAGGUUGGCAAGUUCAUUCUGGAAACCAAGAAAAUCGCCGCCUCUUCAUGCUGGGAAUCCCCCCCCGGUGUGGAUCGGACUAUGCAAGCCGAUCACCCAUAUGAAAUCGAGUCUGGCCCAGCAGAUACAGAGUUUGACAGCCAGGAUGAAGAUGAGUGUGAGGACCUGUUUGCCGGAAUCUGGAGCCCUGGACUUGCUGCACGUCGAAGAAACCGUGAGAUCAAACGUCGUCCUGCGAUGUGGGGAAUCUCAUAA